UUUCUCUGCUCAUUCAUCAGAUUUCACAGCAAAGCCUAAAACUUCUUUGACACACAACAAUGGGGGAUCUUCAUUCUGCAGAAGAACAUGGAAAUACUCAAAUCUCAACUGUCAUUUUUGAUUUGGAUGGUACCCUUUUGAGUACAGAGCACUUGACAAAGGAAAUUCUGAAGGAAUUUCUGGCUGGAUAUGGGAAGGUGCCAGAUAAGGAGAAGGAAAAGAAAAGAUUGGGCAUGGCGCAGAAAGAGUACGCUAUUGGCAUUGUCAGUGAUUACGACCUCCCUAUCACGCCCGAUCAGUAUGUCCAAGCAGUCAUGCCCUUUUAUCAUGACUUGUGGUUGCAAGCGAAAGCACUUCCUGGUGCUAAUCGCCUUAUAAGACAUCUCCAUAAGCAUGGAGUUCCCUUUGCCCUUGCUUCAAAUUCCAAAAGGAAAAACAUAGAUGGGAAAGUCUCUCUCCAAGAAGGUUGGAAAGAAUGUUUUUCUGUAAUUCUUGGAAGUGAUCAGGUUAAAUCAGGGAAGCCUUCUCCAGACAUAUUUCUUGAAGCUGCAAAACAAAUGGGUGCAGAUGCAGCUCACUGCCUAGUGAUAGAGGAUUCUGUUAUCGGAGUCAGGGCAGGCAAGGCUGCUGGAAUGAAGGUGGUAGCUGUGCCAUCUUUCCAUUCUGAAUUUGAUCAAUAUACAAUAGCUGAUUCUGUGCUUCGUUCACUCCUAGAUUUAAAGCCGGAAGUAUGGGGUCUCCCACCAUUUGAAGACUGGGUUGAUAAUGCGUUGCUGGUUGAACCUGUUCAUUUCAGGGGUCUGUACAAAAAUGGCCUCCUCCAUGAUUUUGCAGAUGAAGGGCCGUCUACUCUACCAGAUCAAGUGUUUGGAGUUUAUUUUGGCUGGGCAAAACCUGAGGCGUACAAGUUCAUAAAGAUUGUUCUUGGCGUUGGUUGGGGACAUGGCUGCUGCAGUUCUAAGAGGAAGAUGCAAGCUUGUAUAGUUGAUUCAAGUGACGAACAGAUCCAGCCUGGCAAAAUGGAAGUUGUGAUUGUAGGUUACAUCAGAGGAUCACACGAUGAGGGAAAAUCGGACAAAAUAGAAAUACUUGAGGAAGACAAAUCCAUUGCCAAUGCUGCCUUGAAUCUGACUGAAUUCUCCCUAGGUGCAUUCAAGUCCCUCUUCUCUGAAGUUGCUAUACAGGAUGAUUGCGACCUUAACGUAAAAUGAACAAGGAUAUGAUUGGCAUUAGCAUAGCGAGUAGUUACAUCUGUUACCCUGAAAGAGGAAAUAUGUCUUCUUGGGAUCAGGGUGACAAAAAAAAACAUGAAAUAAUUUUUGAAACUCAGAACUUUAAUCGUUGUUCUGGUUUCUUGCUCACAUGGUUAUGGAUUAGUAGCCUGCCUACCAUUUUUUCUGUAAAAUUAACAGUCCCAUGGAUGAAUUUCAUAGUUACUGUUAGUGCUUUGCCAAUGGAUUGAAAAUAAUGAAAUUUUGU